AUAUGCUUGGCGGCAAACAAGCAAAAGAAGAACUCUGCUUUAUUUGGAAUUUUUGUGUUACUUUAUUGAAUGGAAGGAAAGAUAAAUAAUACCUAAAAUGCGUCGACGGGAUGAAACUUUCCCAGACAAUGGUUUUGAGGCUUGGGGUGGAUAUAUGCAGGCCAAGAUUGCGAAAUUGGAAGAACAGUUCUGCCAAAAAGCUGGAAGCGAUACGAAAUUGACUAACAUUUUCAAUGGUGUAAGCAUCUACGUAAAUGGCUUCACUAUACCAUCAGCUGAUGAGCUCAAAGAUCUAAUGUCAAUACAUGGUGGUGUUUAUCACAUUUACCAAAGAAGCGAAGAUUUUGUAAUUGCUUCAAACUUGCCCGACACAAAGGUUAAGAAUAUGACACUUUCAAAAGUUGUUAAACCAGAGUGGAUAACUGAUAGUAUAGCAUCAAACAAAUUACUCGAUUAUAAAGAUUAUUUGCUCUAUAGAAAUUCGAGAACACAACCACUGCUUAAAUUUUCAAUAAAUCCUAAUACAGGUACUCCUAAAUCUGAAGAAAGUAUAAAGCAAUUGAAUGCCAUAGAUCAAACUAUUGCUGAUAUAAAUAAAAGUGUACCUAUUAUUUCAAAUGAUACAUUGCCCAUAAAAAAAAUUAAGACUGAAAGUCUCACUAAAACAGCUGCUGAUCCAAACUUCAUAUCAGAGUUUUAUAAUAAUUCUAGAUUACAUCACAUAUCACAACUGGGUGCUUAUUUUAAGCAGUAUGUUAAUGAUCUUAGGGAAAAUGGUAAAUUCAUGUUUCCUGCUAGGAAUCAAUUGAAGAACAAGCUCCUUUCUUCAACAAUGCCAAAACACUGCUCACAAUUAUAUUUUGAAAAAGGUAAAAUUAUUAUGCAUAUUGAUAUGGAUUGUUUCUUUGUAUCAGUUGGUUUGAGAAGUAGACCAGAUCUCAGAGGUAAACCUGUUGCAGUUACACAUUCUAAAGGUGGUCAACUACAUUCUAAAAGGCAAGGUGUGGAUCGUAAUACUGAAUUCAAUCUUUAUAGACAAAAGCAUGUUCAAAAAUAUAAUAAAACUGCUGAGGGUGAAGACAUAAAGAUUGAGAGUAGAGUGGAUAACAUAGGUGAUGAAGGGGAAAAGUUUGGGUCUAUGAGUGAGAUAGCUUCUUGCUCAUAUGAAGCAAGAGCCAAAGGUAUAACAAACGGAAUGUUUAUGGGAGCAGCAUUAAGACUGUGUCCAGAUUUACAAACAAUACCUUAUGACUUUGAAGGAUACAAAGAAGUAGCAUAUACCCUCUAUAACACUGUUGCACAAUACACAUUAGACAUAGAAGCAGUAUCUUGUGAUGAAAUGUAUGUUGAUUGCACUGAACUUCUUAAGGAUAUUGAUAUGAGUGUUCAAGAUUUUGCCAGUAGUCUAAGAACUGAAAUAAAAGAGAAAACUAGCUGUCCAUGUUCUACAGGAUUUGGGGGAAAUCGUUUACAGGCUCGACUAGCUACAAAGAAAGCAAAACCAGAUGGACAGUUCUUUUUAACUGCAGACUUAGUAGAAGACUUCAUGGAUGGAAUUAAACUCAAAGAUUUGCCAGGUGUUGGAAGGCAAAUUGCUCAUAAACUAGAGGCUCUUGGGCACCAAACAUGUGGUUCUCUACAAAGCUUGAAUAUGGUAACAUUACAACAACAUUUAGGGAAUAAAACAGGUGCUCAAUUAUUUGACCAAUGCAGAGGCCGUGAUUCAAAUCCAUUAUCAUAUUAUACUAUUAGAAAAUCUGUAUCAGCAGAAGUAAAUUAUGGUAUUCGAUUUGAGAAUAUUGAUCAAUGUUUGGACUUUUUAAAACAGUUGUCUAUGGAAGUUCACACAAGAAUGCAACAAUUUAAAGUAUUGGGUAAGUGUAUUACAUUAAAACUUAUGGUCAGGGAUGAACAAGCACCUUUAGAAUCAGCAAAAUUUCUGGGUCAUGGAUUUUGUAACGUUGUAAAUAAAUCAACAUCACUAGCAAAUGCUACCAAUGAUGCUGAAGUAAUAGCAAGAGAAAUUAUUUCAUUAUUUAAAAAAAUAAAUAUGGAUGCUAAAGAAAUGAGGGGAAUUGGGAUACAAAUAACCAAAUUAGAAAGCAGUCAAGCAAAACCUAUUAAAGGUGUAAUGAGUAAAUUUUUGUCUACUAACAAAACUGGUAAUAUUAAACCAGGCAACAGUAUUACAACUAAACUUGAGGGUGAUCAAAGUAGAAAUGUUGACCAGAAAAUAAAAAAUAAUUCUUCACCUAAAAAGUUGAUUUUGUCCCCUCCAAAACAAAAAUCUCCCAUUUUAGGAGAUACCAGGUCACCAACAAAACGACGUGGCAGACCCCGGAAACGUAAUCCAACUAAUUCAUGUAACCUUAUGAGCAAAUUUCUCCAAGGACAGAGCAAUCCUUUUAAAGAUAUUCCAUAUAAAGAUCCAAUGUUAAAAAAAGUUGAGAAGGAAAACAUUGAAAAGAAGUGUAGCAAGCCCCUCUCUGGAGCUGUGAAACAGAAAUCUCAGGGAUUAUUAGGUCUUUCGUGGCAGAAUGUUAGAGAAAUGUUAAGAGCUUGGCUUGGAAGUGAGCAAACCCCUCUACUAUGUGAUGUUAAUAUGGUGAGUGAAUAUAUGAGUGCAAUGGUUGUAAAAAGAGAAAUAGAUAAAUUGAUCAUUUUAGUAAGAUUUUUAAAAAGAAGAAUUUAUGAAAUCAAUAAUGAUAAAUGGAUAGAGGUUUAUGGAAAUAUUAUAGAACAAGUACAAAAUGCAAUGUUAGCUGUAUAUGGCAAAAAAUUGUACAUCAAUUAAUAAAACAAUAGAACUCAUUAUAAUUAUUUUAUUCAUC